AUGCUGUACUGCUUCAGUGUUGGUCAGAACAUCUCAUGGAAUAUCUUUCCAUUGAAAACAUGUGCAUGUACACAGUGCAUAAACAGGGAUCCAUGGUUCGCAGAGCGCUAUGACAGCCAGGUGCCAAAACUUAUGAACAGGAGAAACAGCAAUCUUAGCACUCUCACACUUGACUGGUGGCUGAAGCUACAACCAUAUCAUAAAAUGAAAUACAGAGAUGUUGUGCAGCCUCUAUUCUUACACUUCCCUGAUAAGGAACACUACAAUGAUGCUGGUCCUGACCGCUGCAGAACCUGUGCUGUGGUGGGCAACUCGGACAACCUGAUCGGAUCCCAUUAUGGUCAACUAAUAGAUUCUCAUAACUUCAUUAUCAGGAUGAAUCAGGGUCCCACUAAAGGCUAUGAGAGGGAUGUUGGAUUGAAGACCACACACCGAGCCAUGUACCCUGAGAGUGCUAUGGACUUGGACAACUCCACCCAUCUGGUGCUGCUGCCAUUUAAAGUUUUGGACAUGGAGUGGCUCAUUAGUAUCUUCACCAUGAAAAACAUUACACGCACAUAUACCAAUGUUAAACGUACAAUACAAGCAAACAAAGACAAGGUGAUGAUCAUGAGCCCUGAGUUCAUAAGAUAUGUCUACAAGAACUGGUUAAGGGAACAUGGGAAAUAUCCUUCCACUGGCUUCCUCACACUCAUCUUGGCCCUGCAUAUUUGUGACCAGGUGAAUGUCUUUGGAUUUGGGGCAAGGACUGAUGGAAUAUGGUACCAUUACUAUGAUAAAGCACAUCGUCAAAGUAUGAACUCACUCGAGCACAAUGGAAACAUUGAAUACAACUUCAUGCUGGAACUUGAAAAGAGAAAUAAAAUUAAAAUGUAUAAAGGAUGGCAACAUGAGACAUACCAAAAUGUGUCACAUUAGAUGGUUAAAGAUUUCAAGAGACAGAUCCCUCUAAGGUUCUAACCUUUAACCCUCAUUGCAUGGAUGUGGCACUGACUCAGACCAAUUCCUUAGAUUUAAUAGCAACACAACUGUAAUGCUUUGCCAGUUUUCCCAAUCAGUUGUCAGCAACAAUAAAGUGCCUGC